AUGAAAACUACGAUGGAAAACGAUGCCGAACAGCGCUCGGAUGCUUGCUCUCAACCGAAUAGUGAUUCUGCAGAUAAAUGUGAUGCUAAAGAAGGCGAUCACGAAGUGAUAUUGGAUGCGGCUGGACUGGACCAGAGUGUUUCUGCUGAAGAGAUUGAGCAAUCAAAUGGCAAAACGUCUUUUAAUGAUGCAAUUCACGAGCAUGAAGAAACCGAAGAUGUCGAAAAUUUUCAAGAGGUGAAGCUGAACUCGGCACCAAAUGCCGAACCAAACAAAGUCAGCGAUAACGAGGACGAUAAAGAAGUGCCAGAUAUGGUCACAGCAUGUAAAGCAGCUGUAAAUGACGAAGUGAAGAAACGUGAAAAUGGAAUUCACACGGCCGAGAAGAACGGCGAUAUUUUCACAACUGAAACUAGUGGCAAUAUUAAUAAAGAGAGGUAA